CUCAAAAUUAUUGUUUACUAUAAACAAAUACCAUUUUUGCUGUUUGUUCUCUAUGGCUGUAUUUUCGGUAUUCUAGUUUAGUUCUAAGUUGUUACAACCACUAUUUAGUUAUAUUUAAUUUUACUUUUUAAUAGUGCUGUUAACUUAUUGGUUGUGUGAAAGUAAGUAUUUACCGAAAUAUUUUUAGUUUUUUACGAUGUAGUCGAAUUAUUUACUUCAAAACAGUAUCUAACUCAACCGCCAAUGUACAAUAUUGUAAUGUCAGGUAGAAAAUUUUAUAGUAUUCUUGUUUGUAACAGUUAAAGUAGGUAUCUACAAGUAUAUUGUUAUGAACCUAACCUGUAGUUCAUAUUGAAUAAUAAAAUACUCAUUUACUUUUAAUUAAGUGUUGAGAUUAAUUAAUUGAAUAGUUUAAAUUUAACUGUAAAUAGUUCAGAACAAAUAAUAAUAUAGUAUUAUAAAUAAAGUAAAUAAAUAUAUAAGUAAAUAUAUUGUUGGGUUGCGUUUUACAUUUUGACAGAUAUACUUGAUAAAUUUUUAAUUCGAAACCGGUUGUAUACCUCUAUAACUUGUCAUAAUACUCCAGGCAACACAUUGAUACAUUUAUUUAUUUAUUUUUAUAUAUAAAUGUUUUAUUUAUAUAUUUAUUUACUUAUUAUUUUAUUAUGGUAUAAUUAUAUUUUCAGUGAAAAUUAAAAAAAAAAACAUUAACAACUCGGUUGUUUACAGUAAUUAAUGUUAAUCCAUUAGGUAGGUACUUUAAAAUUAAUAAAAUCUAACUUAGGCAUCCGUUCUCAUUUGUCUAAUUCAUCAUCAAUUUAUCAUAGUUAUGACCUGUUAUUAUUAAAAGGUACCUCUAGUUGUUGUAAGAGGUGAUAAAUGGAGUUGUUUACAAAGCAGGUGUAAAAUUCUGUUAAAUAGUUCUAAAUAAAUCUUAGGCAAAUUGUCCCAUCUAAGAUUUAUGCAGAAACAAAAUGAAUAGAAUGAGUAACAUAGAAUCAAGUGUAGUUGAUAAAGUAGAGUAAAGUAUUAGGUGCUUUAUAUAACAAGAAAAUUCCAAUACAAUUUUAAAGUAAGUUCUACAAGAGUGUUAUUAAGCCAACUAUGUUAUAUGGUUUGGAAUGUUUAGCGAUAGACAGAAAAUAUGUGUAUCGGAGAUGGAAAUGCUAAGGUAUGACGAGAAAAGAUAGAAUAAAGAACAAAUUCACUAGAGGUAGCAUAACUGUGGUUUUCAUAAUAGAAAAAUAAGAAAAAAUAGACUAAGAUGGUUUGGGCAUGUCACGGGGAGAGAGGAAUCAGAAACAAUAAAAGGUGUAAUGAAAAUAGAUGUAGGUGAAAAGAGAGAAGACUGAAAAAGAAGUGAUUGGAUGUGGUUGAGAAUGAUAUGAGGACACUGAAAAAGAGUUAGUGUAUAUAAUAGGUGAUCAGAUCAAGUGGAAGUUUAGGAUGAAGGUGAUCAAUAAUUUACUAAAAAUGUUGUUUCUUAUAUUAUUUACCUACUUGAAAUUGUUUCAGUGAAUAAAAUGUGACAUUCAGUGAUAAUUUUAAAAUUUGCUCUUUAUCAUAAUAAUUAAUGACUAUUUCUCAAAUUUUUAUCUACAAAAAGAUUGUUUCAUUAUUUUACCUUUAUAUUUUUUUAUAAUUAUAAAUUAUUAUGUUUUAAGUAUAAUAUAUUACAUAUUGUAAUUUUUUUUUAUUUUAAUCAAAACCUUACUAUCAACCAAUAAAUUAUUUGAAAUAAUAAAUGCAUAAAUAAUAUAGUAAAUAAUAAGUUUAUUAAAUUUAAACUAAGGUGCCUACUUUAAGUGAGCAAUUAACUCAUUUCAAUAAUAAUCUAUUGAUGAUAAUAUCAUAAUGUUAGCAUGAGGCAUUUAUUAUACCUAAUGAUUUUCUGAGAUAAAUUGUAUAAAUAUUAAUUAUUAUACAAUAAUAGGUAGGUAAUUGUCAAAGCAUAAUAAAAAAUUUUAUCCUAGUUUUUAUUCCACCUGACUUUUGUAUGACAAUUAAAAUGUAUGCAUUAAUUUAUUGAUGUUUCACUGUCACAUUAUUCGAUUGCAAUCUCAUAAAUCCUCUGUUGAGAGCUGAAAAUAAAACAUUAAUACAAAAUAAUUUUAAUUACAACCAGUCUGUUCCAUUCUUUCCACUUAUUAUCUUUUUAAAGCCUAUUCGAGGACAUUUAGACUUAUUACCACUUGCACUUUAUUUUGCCACUCAUCUCUAUUCAAUUAUAUCCAAUUUUACUAUUAUUAUUUGAUAUUUAUUUUAAAUAAAUUGAUAAUUGCUCAUAAUUUUUUAGUCCCACUACUCUUCAAAUAAAAAUUAACAUUUAAAAAAAAAAAUUGUUUGAGUAGUACAACAUAUCAGGAAAUUGACUGUCAACUUAAUAUGGAUCUUCUUAAUGUAUUUAUUUUUUCAACUUCUAUAUAAUAUUAUAAAAAAAUAAUCAAAGCUGACAUAAAUGAUAGUAUAUACCUAUCAAUAAUUGUUCAAUGAAUAAUAACAUAUUGCUUUUAAAUAAAAAUAAAUAAUAAUAAUAGCUAUAAUAAGCUAAUAUAUAAUAUAAUAAUUUAUAAAAUAAUCUGUAAUUCCUGUUUUAAAACUAUAUUUUGGAUUAUUUUAAUAUGUAGUUUUAUAAAAAUUAUAAUUUAUUUUAAUUUUAUAAUUAGUGACUCAAUUGUUUUUUGAAAAGUAUAUAUAUUUUAGUUAAAUUGUGUAUUGGUGAUUAUAUGAUUUGAUAAGUUUUAGAUAAAAAUAUUCCCCGCGUAUUUGUUUAUUUUAUAUGUAUCUAAAUUGUUUUAAUUAAGUUAGAAGGAAAUAAUAAUAAAGGAGCUUAUACUGGGAACGGGUGCAGCCACUAUUGUAGGUGGGAAGUUGGAAGGUAGGAUAUAUAAGGUUAUUUCAUUUAUAUCUGUAAGCAACGAUAAACCAUUGCUUGACAAAAGAUGAUUUCGAGCGCAGUUCAGUAAUACAUAAUUUGAAAUACUAUCAUUUUUUUUUUGCGAUUUUUGAUAAUCGGAGCAAGUUUACUAAGAAAAAAUUAGUUCACAGACUAAAAAAUAAAAUAAUAAUAAUAAAAAAUAAACAGAAUUGUAAAACUAUUACAUAUUUACUCUGGUUGAUAAUUUUUUUUUUUUUUCAGUUUCAAUAAUUAAUUUCAAAAUGAACGGAACAAACAAUAUAAAAAACUCAAACAUACUAAAAGUUUUCAAUGAGACCUAUAAUAAUCAAAAAUGGUCAAAUUUUCUAGUUCGAGGGCCCCCCCAUAUGCUUACUUUUAAAAUUUAUUUGUAUUUAAACGGUUUGAAAUUUGAAGGAGAAGGUUCUUCGAAAAAAAAAGCUAAAAUUAAUGCGAUAAUGAAAUUCAAUAGUAGUGAUGUUGCAAAUACUUCUAUACAAGUUCAUUUGAAAAGUUCUCAAAAAAGAAGUUUAGAAGAUUGUUUUACUGAAAGUCCCCCAUGUAAAAAAUAUAAAAGUGAUGCAAAUCAUAUCAUAGUACCUCAAACAUCUGCUAUAUGCAUCUUAAAUGAAAUAUUUCCUGGACAAAAUUUUGAAUAUGAACACGAGGUUUCUAAUGGUUUAUUAGAAACAAUCAGUGUCAAUAUUUUAGGAAACAAGUAUGUUGGUUAUGGAAAAAAUAAAAAAGAAGCAAAAGAAGUUGCAUGCCGUAAUGCAUUAAAAGCUUUAUAUGACGUGCAUCCAAUAAAUGCCAAAUAUAAAGAUCGAAUAGAAAUUUAUCGUACUGAUUACGAAGAAUCUAAAAUAAUAGAUCAUUUUGCUUCUAUAACAAAUGCUCAAUACCAAAAAUUAGAAUUUGAUAAUAACAAAUAUAAAGAAUAUACUGUUAUCGCAAGUAUUAUAAAAGUAAAAUGUUUACUAUUGAUUAGUUAUUUUAAAUAAAAAUGAGUUAUUUUAAUGUUUUUUUUUUUUUUAUAAAUUUAGGUAACAACAAAUGAUAUUAAAACAUCAGAAGUUAUUUGUCUAGCAACAGGUACAAAAUGUUUAUCUGGUAACAAUUUAAGCCUAAACGGUGAAACAUUACAUGAUUGUCAUGCAGAAAUAUUGACUCGCAGAUGUCUGAUAAAAUAUAUUUAUCAGCAACUUGUAGAAUGUAUAAAUAAAAAACCAUCUGUAUUUGUUGUUACAAAUGAGAAUGACUACAUGUUCAAAUUAUCGGACGAUAUUAAAUUUCACUUGUAUAUAAAUACUGCUCCAUGUGGUGAAGCAAGAAUUUUCAGCUUUUCUGAUACAGAACACCAGUUUAAUCGUUUAAAUAGAGGGUUACUUCGAUCAAAAAUUGAAAAUGGUGCUGGUACUGUAACAGUGUUUGGUCGAGAAGUACAAACGUAUGAUGGUGUAGCUCAAGGUGAACGCCUUGUAACUAUGUCAUGUUCCGACAAAUUGACACGUUGGACUGUACUUGGAGUUCAAGGCAAUUUGCUAGCCAAUUUUAUAAAGCCUAUCUACUUAGAAUCAAUAUCAGUUGGCAGUGUAUUUAAUUUAACACACAUGAAAAGAACAAUCUUUGGCCGUAUUAAGAACAGUUUUCAUUGUUUACCUCAAAAUUAUAAGUGAGUAAUGAUCUUAAUGAUUAAAAUAAUUGUAUAACAAAAUUUUUUAAUCACAGAAUACAUGAACCGGAACUCCGUGGUUACAGUAUUCUUCCUCGUAGGGUUUCUCAUCAAGGACAGUAUAGUAUUGUUUGGAUUGAAAAUGGUGGAACAGAAGUUAUUAACGGUAGAACUGGUAGAACAGUUUCCAACAAGUUAUCAAGAAUUUGUAAAAGGCAAUUAGCUGAAGAUUAUGUAAAUUUAUGCCUUGCGACAAAUACCCUUUCUACUCUUACUGACAAUCAAACAAAUAUAUUUUAUGAUUCAUUAAAAUGUAAAAAUCAAAAUUAUAUUUCAGCAAACCAGUCAUUAAUAACAGCAUUCAAGAUAUCUAAUUUUGGUACAUGGGUACAUAAACCUGAAGAACUUAAAACAUUUGAAAUAAAUAUUAAAAAUAUUUAAUUAUAAAUGGUAUUUAAACAACUAAUAAUUAAACAUUUUUUUUUUUUCUAUACUAUUAUUAAUUAAUUUUUGAUAAAAUUAACCAAGCUAUUUAUUAUAUGUACAUUUAUGUUGCUCAUCCGCUCAAACACAGUACACUGGUCAGACAAUAAUGAACCAUCACUUCAUGCUAUUUUUCCUAUGUCUCGUAAUGUAGAUUACAAAAAAAAAAAAUUUAAUAAAACAUUUUUUUAUUCAGAGGCCCAGCAAUACAAAUAAUAAAAGAAUAUUCUUCCAAAUGUAUAAUAAUUAAAAUAAAUACAAUUUUCAUUACUUAGAUCAUUUUGGAAUUGUUGUGUUAAUCGUACAUUUUGAUAUUAAUUAAUGACAAGUUGCUGGGAUCACAAAUGCUUUUUUAAAAUUUUUUAAACAAUUACAAAUUUUUAUCUCUUGCCAGAGAGUAGUAUUUACAUUUUUGCUACAAAAUUAUUCUAAGUUUUAAAAAUGUUACUUCUUUAUAUUAUAAUAUCUUGGGAAGAUUAAUUUUUUAUUUCUACUAAUCUACAAGAGUAUUUGUCACUUUCACUCUCUUAUUAUAUAUACCUACCUAUUUUGUCCAAGUCUUUCUUGACCACAUCCAACCACCCUUGAAGUAUUAACUAGCUAUGAACUAUAAAUAAAUAAGUUAUAAUUUGAACUUUAGUUUAAGGAUAGGUAUUAGUAUAAUGUUCUUUUUUAUGGAGGCAUUAAUUAUGCACUCAUUUACUGUCUUACUAACGUUUGACAUGGUAAAUUUGAUUUCCGCAUGGACUACUUUGUAAGUAAAAUGACCUAUUCUACAUAAUGAUAAAAAAAAAUCGGUAAAUUAUUCCUGUAUUUUAAUUUAUAAGAGUUAUGAAUGAGUGAAAUAUCACAAUUUAAUAACAUUACACAAAUAUUGUUCUUUUAGAUUCAGAGCAUAGCAAGUAUUAGUUUUACAAUGAUAUUUAUUU